CAUGUCCCGCUCGCUACUAGAGCCGCGCUGAACUUAGAGACGCGCUCAUGGGGGACGGAGCGGCUCCGCUGUUUACGUUCGGCGUGAUCGCUGACAUUCAGUAUGCCGACAUGGACGACGGCUAUAACUACCACGGCACGAGGAAACGCUACUAUCGGAACAGCCUGCGAAUCCUGAGCGACGCGGUCAGGUGGUGGGAAGAGGGAGAGGAGCCGGAGCGGAGGCCCGGCUUCAUCCUCCAGCUCGGGGACAUCAUCGACGGCUUUAACAGGCGACGCUACGCGUCUAAGAGAGCGUUGCAGACCGUCCUAGACGAGUUCAGCAACUGCACGGCCGAAGUGCAUCACGUGUGGGGCAACCACGAGUUUUAUAACUUCAGCAGAGACGAGCUGUUCAAGUCCGUCCUCAACAGCCGGGAUAAAGGCGAGGGCAGUAUGGAGGAGGUGUACGCUUACCACUUCAGCCCUGCUCCCAAAUUCCGCUUCGUCGUGCUAGAUGCCUACGACCUGAGCAUUUUAGGGAGAGAUGAAUCGAGUGAGAAGUACAAGCAGUCGAUGAAGAUCAUCCGAGAGCACAACUGCAACGAGGAGCUGAAUGAGCCAUCAGUUUCAGCCUUUUCUAUGCUGGAAGGAAGGUUUGUGAAGUUCAAUGGAGGAUUCAGCCAAGAACAGCUCGACUGGUUGGACAGGGUUUUAGUCAGUGCGGAUGAGAAUGAGGAAAAAGUCACACUUGUGUGUCACAUUUGUAUUCAUCCUUACUCUACCUGCUCUCUUUGCCUUGCAUGGAACUAUGACAAGAUCCUGUCUAUUGUGAACUCUCAUAAGAGUGUGGUGUGUUUCAUGGCUGGACAUGAUCAUGACGGAGGCUACUACAGAGAUGAAUAUGGUGUUCAUCACCUCACACUGGAGGGGGUUAUUGAGACCCCUCCAGAGAGUAAUGCUUUUGGGACUGUAUAUGUAUAUGAAGACAAAAUGGUCCUCAGAGGAUGUGGAAGGACAUCUGACAGGGUGCUGAUGUAUCGAUAAGGCACAUGUUGGUCAUGUUGCCCAUGUGCUGUCAUGCUUUAUGAAUACAAAGGGUAUAACAAGAAAAUAUACUACAGAUAUAUAUUUUUACGUGGUGAUGGGAACACACCAAACAUUGGCUUUGAUUAUUUUGUAUUUUGGUGCAAAAUACUGUGAUCCUUUGCUGAUUUAUAUCAUGUGCAUAAAAAUAUGUGCAGUAAAAUAUUUUCCAAAUGUUUAUGUGUGUGUGUGUGUAUAUAUAUAUAUAUAUAUACACACACACAUACAUAUAUAUGGGUUUAAAGGGAAUAAAUCUGAGCAUGUGCAUGUUUUAUUAAUAUAUUUAUUUAUUUAUUUGUUUUUUAUUUAUAUUUUAGUACUAAAUACUGUUUAAUACUGAAUACCCAAAUCUGCGUCUCAAUUUCUGUCUGAUCUAAGUGAACUGCUUACAAUGAAUGGCCUUAUCCAUCUGUUCUGCUAUUAUAUUACUGGGUGAAUUUAAUAUUCAUGUUGACACAAACUGUUCACUUUCCACUGAGCUCCUGACAGACCUUGAAUGUUUUGGUUUUACCCAGCAUGUUGAUUUCCCUACUCAUAGUCAUGGUUGUGGUCAUAUACUACACUUGUUAUGUUGCACUGGUCUCAAAAAUAUUUCUGUUACUGGUUCCUUUGUUGGUUUUACUGACCAUAAGCCCAUUAAAAGUUAUCUCAGGACCCCAACUACUAAACCUCUUAUGAAAACCACUAUCCCUUUCUGUUACCUUAAUUCUGUUGACCUUCAUCUGUUUUCCAGAUCUCUUCAGACUUCACUUCUUUCAGACCUUUCCGAUCUCUCCUGUCCUGAUGUCAUGGUUUCACUUUACAAUGACACUAUUUCUAACAUAUUCACUUUCUUGCUCUUCUCAAAACUAAACUGGUUCCUGCUUCUCGUACCUCCCCGUGGUUCACCCCUGAGCUCAGAGCAAUGAUAUACUCUGUUUAGGACCAUACACAAAUUUCUUCAACCCCCCACGUCAUCUACUGUCUGUUCCCCUGUUCAUUGCCAGGCUUUUCUUGAUUACUUUAGGGAUAAAAUUAACACCAUCAGCAGUUUCCCACUGUAGCACAGUCCUCUUUCUCCCAAAUUACUCAAGCUCAGAAUGUUGACAGUCUAUCUGCUUUCACCUCUGUUGAUUCAUCUCCAGUUUCAGAUAUUAUUUCUAAGUCUUCUUUUCAACACUUCCCCUACCGCAUUUUCGAAAUCCUGUUUUUUUGUCAUUUCUUAUCUUAUAGCUCACCUUAUUAAUCAUUGGUUCUCCUCGUGUUCUCUCCCCACUUCUCUCAAAAUAGCUGCUGUGACUCCCAUUCUUAAGAAAUCUGGAUUAGAUACUUCAUUACUUUCCAAUCACAGACCCAUCUCCAAUCUCCUUUCUUUAGCCAAAGUGGUGGAAAGAGUUGUGGCCUUCCAGCUUCAGGAUUUUCUCAGCAGAAAUAAUCUAUAUGAGCUUUUCCAAUCUGGCUUCCGCAACCUGCACAGUACUGAGCCUGCCCUGUUAAGAUUUGUUGGUGAUCUUUUAAUGGUGGUUGUCUUAAUAUUUUCAUCAUCCUUGAUCUCACUGCAGCCUUUGACACUGUGAUCAUGAUAUACUUAAUUCCAGACUUUCAUCCAUAGGCAUUUCAGGCUUAGCUCUUGCUUAGUUCUGAUCCUAUCUUACUAACAGGCAAUGGUUUAUCUCUAGGUUCACACAAGUCAUCCACUGCUCCAGUUACUCAGGGAGUGCCCCAAGGUUCUGUCCUUGGACCCAUUCUUUUCAUAUUAUACAUCUCACCACUCUGAUCUUUCGAAAUCAUGGGCUUAAGUUCCACUGUUAUGCUGGUGAUAUCCAGAUCUACAUAAGCACUGCUUCCCCUACAGUCUUAGCUCAGUCAUAUGCAUUACAGAUUUAAAACACUGGUUGGACAAUCAUUUUUUUAAACUAAAUGCAGACAAAACUGAAGUCUUGUUAGUUGGUCCUAAAACACUGGUUUACAUCUUUUUCAGUCUCACUGUGAAUGUAGAUGGUAUUCUUAUUAAAUCAGUUCAAGUCAGUAAAAUCCUUGGAUUCAUUUUUAAUUCUUCACUUUUUAUUUGAGCCCCAUAUUGAGUCUCUUACUGAGACUGCAUUCUACCAUUUGUGUUACAGUGCACACCUCCACCCUCAGCUUAAUACCUUAAUUUUCUGCCCCAUUGAUUAUUGCAACUCCCUUUUCAAUGUUCUCCCUGUUAAUUUGCUCAACCAGCUUUAGUUCAUUCCAAACUCAGCAGUCAGUCCUCACCCUUACCAAGCGCACUGCACACAUCACUCCCAUCCUCCAUCAGCUUCAGCUUCACCAAUAUCCUCCCAUAUCAAUUAUAAACUUCUCCUAUAAGCUUCAAAGU